AUGGAAAAAAAUCCCACUAGUUCUACUUCAUUUUCGUCGUCACAAGCAACAACAUCAUCGGCUUCCACAUUUAUCCCGGAACGUGCUACAACUCCUUUACCUAAAAAGGAGACCCCACCCACAUCUUCCCCAACUAAUACAUUUACAGAAACCGUCAAUCCCACUACAAAAAAAUUGAGAAAGCCCAAAUCAGCUUCGCUUCUCAAUACCUUCAGCCCCAAAAAGAAUUUGCAACACAUAAGCUCACCAUUAGACUAUGAUUAUCAGCUGGCAAAAAAUAAUGUUGAUAAAGUUGUGAAAAUAGACCACUUUGGUUUACUCAGUCCCAUUUCUCCUCUUUCACCAUUAAUUUUAAACUCACCUACUGGCCAGUCAAGCCUAUUAAAAUCUGUUACCAAUGAUUCGGUCAGCACCUCUACAAGCACGAGUUCCCCUUUAAACAGACAAACAGUGUCACAAAAAAGCUCUCUUGCAUCUCAUCAUGAUUAUUUUGAACAGUACCUUUCUGACACAUUUUCGAUUUUAGACAAGCAAGAAUUAUCUUUAAGCUCAAACUUUUCAGUUUCUCAGCGAAAGUGGUCCAAAAGUCCUGAUCCAGAGUUGUUAAAUCCUAUUAUUCAAGACAAUCAGUUUAUGUCUGAUUUGAACUUUAUGAGUGAAGUUUCUCAAGCUGGACCAGGUUCUUUAGAGAAAUCUUCUCAACCUCCAGUACACGGCCUUUUAAAGAAAAACGCUCAGCUAAAUCAACCAGACAGUCUACCUUCUAAUAAACAAUCUAAGUUUAACUCCAAAUCACCAUCUCCUUCGCUGCCUCGGGGCCAGGAUUUCAACGGAAAUGACAACCAUAGGCACAAGGAGUCUACAUCUACCUUUUCAAGUGAAGUAUCAGAGAAAAUGUCUGUAAUGUCACACACAACAAGAGCAAGCAGUGUUUCAUCUGGUUUUGGCCACAGUCGACAGUCUAGCAAAAAUAAUUCCUUUGAUGCUGGCACUUCAACUGCGCCAAUUUCUUUCAAACCUAGCCAUAAGCCUGAAAACUCCAUUGCAGUUUCGGAAAGUCUUGAUGAUGAUACAUUUUUUGGAACGCAAAGCAAAGUUCCUAAACAUUUUCACAAAAAGUCCAACUCUUUAAAUGAUGUUACAAUCAAUCUUACUCCUCCUUCUUUUACCAUGUCAAGAAAAGAGGCUCAAACAAGUGCUCUUGAACAAUAUGAAAACCCACUUCUAACUCAAGAAAUGGAUCCCAACUUAAAGGACUUGGACCAAAAGGGUCUGAAGAUUACUACACCUGUCCCCCCUCCACGCUCUAAAUUCCGAGUGCAAUCCAUUGACAAGGAGCAUACUGGCCCAUAUUCAAAUCUUCCAUCAAUCCCCAAAAAUGAGGUUCCACCUACUCCAAAUCCUAGUUUUUAUGACUCAAAUAUUUUUCUCAAUCCUAGUCUACCUACUCCACCCCAAUGUGAUUUGUUGUCCCCCAUGAGUCAAGAGAACUCAGCCUUCUCUCCACUUCAAGAUUCGCUCCACUCGCAGGGAACAUCUGCUGCUUCAUCACGAAAAAACUCAAAAAGUUCCCAAAAAUGUGUUCCUUAUUACUUAAAUAAGGAUUUACCUGAUCUUCCUUCUGAGGGGUCUUCUUCAAGAAAAAACUCUUACAAAAAGUUUCCCCACCUUAAUUUGCCCACCCCCCAAAUCCCCUCUGGAAAUACCAGCCGUACCCCUAGUAUUUGUGAUUGGGAAUAUAUCAAUAACAAUCUUGAUGCAAUUAACAUGAGCAUUUGUAAAUGGGAUCAGAGUCAAAACAGUAGCAACGAUAUGCAUAGUUCAAACACCCCUAAGAAGUCAUCAUCGCAUAAUUUGGUUGCAUCUGAAUCAAAACCACCUGGCUUUGUCUCGCAGGUCCCUCCUAGAGCCAUCGACAUUAGCAGCAUGGAGCGAAGCCCUCCUUCAAAAAAUUCGCAUUCAACUCAAAAGCAUUCUUUGAAAGGUUACGAUCUUACAGGUCAAGUUUAUGGUAAAUCUAAGCACCUGAAACAAAAAAGUAUAUCAGCAAUCACCUCAAGUCAAGGCUACAACUACUUGACUACACUUGUUCCUCCUCCUGUAAUUACUGAUUUUGGGACCUCAUUUGGUGCUCAUAAAAAAUCGGCUUCUACUGCUUCGAGUCCUUCCAGUGUAUACACUGAGUUUCAAAAAUCACAACCAUCACAACCAAGUAUUGCAUUUCAAGAAAAAUGUUUUUCUAAUGCUGAAUAUGUCUCUAUUUCUUCCGAUCACCAUGGUGAUUCUCAGUCUUUCACUCGUCAGCAACCUCCUCGCUCUAUGAGUGUUCCAACUAUCCCAAUAGACCAGCAGAAGUCGAUUUCAAAAUUUAAAAAAGAUUAUGAAGCCAAGUUCACACAAAAAGAAGAUGAUAUUGAGGAAGAGUCUCUUCUUCCUGCACCUCUUGGUCCUGGUGUUACGCUACUUCCCUCGGCAUCUUCUUCGACCACUUCACUUCAGCAAAAGUUUGGCAAUUAUCAACAACCAGAUUUGUUUCAAGCAAAUCGGCUUUAUCUUUUGGAAAACAAUAGUGCAUCUAGAAUAUCCAGACAAGCAUUUAAUGCUAGCAAUGGUCAACGAGAAUCUUUCACCACCUCGUUCACUGAAGCCAUUUCCAUGCCCGAAGCAAUCAAAGAACUUCCUCAACAACCUAUCUGCUCCUCAAAAGGCUCUUUUUCUGCAUUUACAUCUCCUAGAGCUAUUCCCCGGGGACCCCCCUUUGCUAAGCCUUUUACAUCUAACGGAAAAACUCCUCAAUCUAUCAAUUUGCGAAGUAAAAGUAUUACAGCUAUGACUCCUAACAAACUUGAGAUCCCGAAUGAAAGAAUUUACACAGAAAAAACAAGCAAUUACAUGGAUAAACAGCCAAGAGAAAGAAGUAUGAGCCUGAGCGGAUCAAAUCAUCAGCGAGCACUUUACAACUCCUCAGUAAAUAAUGCUAAAGAAGCUCAAGUUCAUACUUUGCGUAAGCCUGGUUCUAUGAACAAUUUGCGCAAUCCUUUUUCCAGUGUUAAACAAAAUUCUUCUAACGAUGGGAUCUUUGGUGAUUUCCAAGUUUCUCCCCUGACUAAUUCAAAAUCACCCUCUCCUGCUCGAUUCUACAAUGAAAGUCCUUCACCCUUUAGUUCUCCGAAUGCUCCUGAGUUUUUUAUGAAUUAUAAUGGCUCGUGCUCCAACUUAAAUUCUAAAAAAAUUAGUUCAAAUCCAUCUUCAUCUAACAGUACACUGUAUAAUGGAGAAAUAAACAUCAGCACAGGCAUGCUGAACCCAGUCACUACGCUUUAUCCUAAUGAUCAACCAGUUCUACUUAACAAUGGGAGCACUCGUUGGAAAUGGAAAAGACCUAGUCUUUCCAUUGGUAAAAAGCAAUAA